AUACAAACUAUUGCGUUAAUUAUUUACUUAAAUAUAGUAAACUAUAUGAUUUGGUAUAAAUACAACUUGCAGGGUGAGGUUUUACUUCUCUUAUUUACCCAACACACAAUCUUCCAAGUUGCAACCAUUUUCUUUUUCUCUCUCUUAUUCUGCACUUUUUGUUUUGAUUCGGAAAUUGUUGGUAUUGUUCUGUUAUAAUUAUCCCUUCAAAACCACUCGUAGUAACCAUUUAGCGAAAAACUACAAUCAGUGUCUCUUUCUCAUUAUUACUGACACCUCAUUUCUUCUUCUUCUUCCUUUGAUUUCUCUUUGUAGCUGUUUCUUCAGAUUCCAUUCUCUCUUUAAGAUGAAGAAACGUAUCCUGAUAAAAGUGGAUUUAGAAGAUGCUAGAGAAAAGCGGAAGGCCUUGAAGACAGUCUCUGCUGUUUCAGGAAUUGAUGAGAUUUCGAUGGAUAUGAAAGGUAAGAUAUUAACCAUCAUUGGGACAGUUGAUCCAGUAAGUGUAGUGAGCAAAUUGCGCAAGUUUUGGUGGGCAGAGAUACUUAUAGUAGGACCAAUCAAAGAACCAAAAAAGAAAGAAGAAACUAAAAAAGAAGAAACUAAAAAGGAAGAAAUGAAGAAAGAGGAUGAGCCACCUAAAGAGGAACCAAAGAAAGAAGAGCCACCCAAAGAAGAACCUAAGAAAGAGGAACCAGCUAAAGAGGAAGCAAAGAAAAAAGAACCACCCAAGGAGGAAGCAAAAAAAGAAGAGCCUAAAAAAGAAGGAGAAAAGAAAGAACCCAAAAAAGAAGAAGAGAAGAAACCACAGCCACAUCCACAAAGGAUAUUUUUGCCACAACCACAACCUUAUCUACAAGCUGCUUAUAGGCCAUAUUAUCCUCCCAUGCACACAUCUUACCAAGUUCACCAUAGCAUGGAAGAGAAUCCUAAUGCAUGUAAUAUCUGUUAACCUUGUUGAAGAGAAAAAAGAAAGAAGUCAUAUGUAUAGGUCAGUCUCCUUUAUGUUGUUUUAGUUAUCUUAUUAUCAAGAAUGAACUCAAGACUAAUAUUUGAAGAAUAGAGAAGCUAGCUUUUGUGAAUA